AUGUUGCUCCAGUCCCUCGUUUUAUCUCUUGCCGGCCUCGCCGCUGCCGCAGACUCCUCCUCCCAGAAAUGCUCCUACUCAACAACCAUCUCGGCCGCCUCCGCCGUAUCUGAGCUUGCCCUGUGUCCUACUUUGGAUGGUACCAUUGAAAUCACCGGUGACGCCAUUGGCAACCUCCAGUUGGGCCAGGUUCAAACCGUCAAGGGUGACAUCCACAUCUUCAACUCGAGUUCCAUCACUGCCGUCGAUUUCUCCGGUUUGGGCAACAUCACCGGUUCUUUGUCGUUCGAUGCCUUGACCCAGUUGCACGCUAUCCAGUUCAACCAGUUGCAGAAAGCCAAGGAGCUCUCUUUCAUCUCGUUGCCCUCGUUCUCGCUGCUUAACUUGAACUCGGGCCUUGCCGAGGUUUCGUCGUUGACUUUGUCCGACACCGCCAUUUCUUCUGUCGACAAGCUUCUUCAGUUCGACAACAUUGGCGUGUUGAACAUCAACAACAACAAGAACGUCACCUCGAUCGACUUGUCUGGCUUGAAGACCGUUUCUGAGGGCUUGACUUUGUCUUUCAACGCCGACAAUGCCACCGUCAAGUUGGAGAACUUGCAGUGGGCCGCCAACUUGACCAUCCAGGAUGUGGGAGACUUGUCGAUCUCCAACUUGGAGUACGUCAACGGCUCUUUCCAGCUUGCCUACAACCUCUUUGAGGAGGUUUCUUUCGACAACUUGAAGAGCGUGGGCUCCUCCUUGCAGCUUUUCGCCAACGACGAGUUGACUGCCUUCUCCAUGGACAACUUGACUGAGAUCAACGGCGAGCUCCGUAUCUUCAACAACUCCAAGUUGGAGGAGAUGGAGCUUUCCUCAUUGGAGACCGUCAAGGGUGCCAUCAACAUCGACGGUGAAUUUGGCAACUUCUCCUUGCCAGAGUUGCAAGAGGUCGACGGUGACUUUUCCGUCAGCUCCACCAACGAGGACUUUUCUUGUAAGCCAUUCAAGGAGUUGCACGACAAGAAGAAGAUCAAGGGCCACAACUUCAACUGCUCUGAGCCAUCUUCUUCUACUAGCGCUUCGUCUGAGUCUGGCUCUUCCAAGAGCUCCGGCUCAUCCAAGAGCUCUGGCUCCGGUUCAAGCGACUCCUCUUCUUCUUCUUCUUCUAAGAAAUCUUCUGCUGCCUACUUGACCCCAGGUAUGUUCUUGUCUUCGCUCGUGGGCACUGUUCUUGCCCUCUUGGUGUAA